AAUCGAUUUCCCGUACCUUUUAAAACCGUAUAAACGGCACGCGUCAUUUUCUGAAUCAGAGAGUACUACACCUGGAUAGUAUGUGACGUCGCCAUUUUAUUUGAUAUGAACGCUUAGUAUUCGGAAAACCCAUGAAAAAAAUGCCGGAGGAAGUAUUUGUUGAUAGAACAUGGACUGAUGAGAGACAUAAAAUAGUGUUAAAACACUUUCAAUUUUCGAGAAUCCCGACUUUGAGCGCCCACUCUGACGGUAUCUGCGGACGAUUUGAUAGAAGGAUAAGGAAAUGUGUCUUAAAACAGGAAAUAAAUUAUGAUAUCGGCAAAGAUACUCCUAUCGACGUUAUACAAAAAUAUCCCAAAAGAGUUCGCAGAAAAAGGGACAAGACUACAAUAAUUAGGUCAAAAAGCGUUCCAAAUUUGGUGGAUGUAAACAAAGAAUCCGUUAUUUUCUUUACAAUUCCCAGACUACCUAAGUUCAGACGAGUAAAUUCAAGUUCAAAAACAAUUUUAAUACGGAAAAAUGCUCAAGGCUACGGUUUCAUUGUUCGAGGACUUAAAGCUAAUGGGCUAAGUAGCUCGGAAAAAUCUCAGCAACCAUUUCUUCAGUACGUUUAUAGAAUUGAACCUGAUAGUCCUGCAGAUCUUGCUGGUUUAAAAGCAAACGAUUACAUAAAGGAAAUAAACACUGUCGACGUUUCCAGAGGGAGUCACGAAGAAGUGAUAAGUCUGAUAAAUUCGUCGACAGAAAAGAUCAUUUUAACUAUAGUUCGAAUGGAGUCUAGUGUCUACGAGCAUUUGGAUGAUUUAAAUACUAAAGGAAGGAAAAGCGAUUCCGAGUUUUACAGAAGAAAGCAUGUCGAAAGGAGACGAUAUAGUGAGACCUCUAUACCACCAAGGCCCAAUGAAGCUCCGCCCACACCACCAUUAAUACCUCCUCCACCAAACUAUCCGGCUCCAUCUCCAAAUUCUGAACCAAAACCCAAGAGUAUACUUAAAAGUCGAUCCCUUGAGAUUGACAUAAAAUCUGCGUUUGGUGACAUGGAAAAGAGGCGAAUUGAAAGGAUGGCUAAAUUAGAGAAGAUUGAGAAGCGUCUAGAAGAGAGGAAGGAUUCCAAACCACCAGUUAUUCCGCCAAAACCUCUUAGAUAUCAGAAAUUAUCCAGAUCAUCUUCUAUUGAGAGCAGCAACUCUGAAGCAUCACAAAAGCCUUUCUCACUCUCUGACCUACCACCCCCUCCCCCUGAAUUUCUUGCAUCUAAUAGCGAUUUAAUGAAUAUCGAUAUAAUACCUCCUCCACCCCUCUUUGAUUGUUCCAUAGAUGAUGGAGAGACUGCCAGCGUCGUAUCGUCUCUCUCUACACUAUCAACUUUAUCCAGUAUGGAACCGGAUAAGACAAUAAAUGAUUGGUCAAUUGUUGACGUAGCGGAUUGGUUAGAUCGCAUUCAAAUGAGCGAAUAUAAAGAAAACUUUGUAUAUCACAAAAUAAAUGGUACAGUUUUAGCCGAUUUAGGUAGAGACGAACUGCAGGAAAUUGGUGUUCAUCACCUGGGCGACAAAGUUAACUUGGAGAAGGCGAUUAAACGAGAAAUUGCUAAAUGUUCAUAACUAAUAGCAAUUGAUAAAGAGAGAAAUUCAACAAAAUCAAAAAAAGGAAUAUAUAUACAUAUAUAUAUAAAGACUGUUACUAUAAAAAAGAGGCCCUGUAUAUAAACAAAAAUUCGUGCAAACUUAAAAAAGAAACAUAAAAAAAGGACAUAAAUAAAUUAAUAUUUUACUGUUUUAUACAAUUUCUACAAUAUGAAAACAAAACAAAAAAUAUAACAAAGAGCUGUAUUUAAUAUUAAACGUGAGUACUGUUCAUUUUAAAAACAGAUUUUAUUCUUGUUGUUUUCCACAUUGAAAAUUGAUUCUAUUCGGGAGUAAACGAGAUAAAAAAAAUAAAAAAUAUAUUAUUAAAUUACUCAGUAGCAAUAUUAAUAAUCUCUUGGAAGAUAUUCAAAGCGUACAUGCUUAUGACUGUCAUUUCUUUUUUCUUAAGAAAUAAACCGAGCUUGCGUAAUUAUCUUUGAUAGUUUUUAAUCACUAAUAUAAAGAGGGUUUAUUUUUAUCUGAUUAUUGGCAAUUAUCAUUAUGAAA